AUGUCUACUCAACCUCUGUCUAUUCCUGCCAAGAAGGUUCUUCUUGUUGGUGGUUGUGGGUUCUUGGGCCUGCAUCUUAUUGACCAAUUCUGGAAUCUGUCGCCUCGUCCCGAAAUUCACGUUUUUGAUAUUCGUGAACUACCCAAAGUCUCUCCUAAUUUCUAUAAGUUCAACCCAUCUCAAAUCAAUGUCCAUAUCGGUGACUUGACAUCUCCUACUGAUGUUAGUGAAGUUAUUUCUAGAAUCAGUCCAGAAGUUAUCGUCCAUUCUGCAUCACCUGUUCACGGUAUGGGAUCUGCUAUUUACUACAAGGUUAAUGUGGACGGUACCAAGAACUUAAUUGCCUGUGCUAAAAAGCUCAAGGUUCCUGCUUUAGUAUAUACCUCUUCUGCAGGUGUUUUGUUUAAUGGAGAUGACCUAUACAACGCUGACGAAACACAUCCCUUCCCAGCAAAAUCCAUGGAUGCAUACAACCUUACCAAACAAAUUGCUGAAGAGUUGGUUCUCAAGGCCGAUAGUCCUGAAUUCCGUACUACUGCUAUUCGACCAGCAGGUAUUUUUGGACCAGGAGAUCGACAAAUGAUUCCUGCUCUGAGAGCUAUGGGCCAGAAGGGCCAACAUAAAAUCCAGCUGGGAAACAACCUCAACCUCUUUGAUGUCACUUACGUUGGAAACGUUGCGUACUCACACGUUUUGGCUGCCCAAAAAAUUUUAGACCCCAAGGAAGCCGACAAGGUGGGAGGUGAGUGCUUCCUUAUCACUAACGAUGCGCCAAUUUAUUUCUGGUCUCUGGGACGUGCUGUAUGGAACUACGAUGGUCUGGUUGCUGAAAGAACAUUUGUUAUCCCCAGAUCCGUGGGAAUCGCUAUUGGCUAUGUGUCUGAAUUUUUUUCAUCUCUGCUCGGUAAGGAGCCUGGCUUGACUCCUUUCAGAGUUCGCACUACUUGUGCUGUUAGGUACUAUAAUAUUACCAAAGCAAAGACAGUCCUCGGAUAUGCUCCUCAGACUAGUUUGGAAGAGGGUAUCAAUCUCACGUGUGCUUCUAUGGAUGAGUCUCUUGAGAAGAAAUGA